CAUAUGUUAAAUAAUUACAGCUAUAGACUUUUUUAGCAUGUAGUUUUUGCUGCUCGUACGGAUGUUAGAAUGUAUGGUAUAACACUUACCAAGAGCAAGACACCACCAACAUGGCGGAUACUGAAGAACAGAUUACUACUCUUGCCGAUCGUGUUGGAAAAAUAGAAGUGGGCGAUUCUAAAUUAGAUAUUUAUCGGAAAGUGUUGAGCCUAAUUGAUGUGGAAUGCUAUGUAGAAGCCUUGGAUAUUAUCGAAAAGUAUCUGGGCAAAGAGGACGCUGUAUAUGAAAGAGUUUAUUGCAAAUUUCAUUUAAAGCAAGACUAUCCUCCUAUAACGGAUGUUCAUUUUGUUCAGCAUCUGGAAGCUCAAGAGGCUUAUCGGAAGUCGGAUUUUUGUAAAGCUCUCGAAAAUUACGAAAAGCUUUUUGAAAGAUUGCCUGAACAACGGUCUGAUAUUCAAGUAAACGUGCUUGCAGUCGCUUCUCAACUUCCAGGAUGGCGAGUUGAGAAUGUUACAUCUUUGGAGGAUCAAGAUUCAUUGUUUAAUUUGGCUACUCGCUACCUAACCCUGCAACAAUGGAACAAAGCUAUUGAUUUAUUAUCUUCCCUUAUUUCAAAUUUGGAAAGCAAUGAUUUCCUGUCCUCCGAAGAAAAAUCCCAUGUGAACUUAUGCCGUUUGCAAUUGGUUUAUGCACAUAUGAUGGCUGGCGAGAUGCCAAAGGCCGAAGAAGAGUCCAAGAAACUAGCUCCAACAAGUCUCGAUGAAACUUUACGAGUCCUUUUUGUUAAUAAUGUUUUGUGCUUGGAUAACGAAAAUCCCUAUCUUGCUUUUCGUAAAAUUCAAGAAACGCCAGUCGAGAAAGCUUUUACCAAGUUGUUGGCAUCCCAGAGAUUACAGCUUCAAAGAAAUUUGGCCCUGCUGGACAUGGCCGUUGGUAAAAUACGCGCUGUUCACAAGAAAGAAAAGCGAACCGAAGAGGAUAAAAUAUUUUACGGUAUCCUUACGCUAGAACAUGAGAAAGGAUCACUUUCAUCUUCCAAGAAGCUUUCUGGAUACUUGGAGAACAAGUUCCAAAAGGAUACUGCUGAUACUUGCAGUGGCCUUUUACUAAUUCAGUAUAAGAUUUCAAAUGAAAACUAUCGUGGAGCUUUGGCUGUAUACAAGAAAAUGUGUGAAGCGUUGGAAGUUUCUAAAGAUUUUGCGUUGAGAUAUUCUCCUGGUUUAGCCGGUUUAGGCGAUACACUCCUUUCUAAGGUCCAUUCGUCUCGAGUUCCAAAUACUGAGAAUUUACACGCUGCUGCUAGAUAUUGGACUGAUAAACCUAAUUGCCAUGCUAAGUUAUUGCUUUGUACACGUUCAUUGUUGGCUUUAAUAGAUGAGAAAGUGGACGUCAAUUUGGUACGUAGUGGUUUGAAAACGAUUGAGGAAUUGAUUGAACAGAACGGUCCUCUUAGUGAGUUAAUCUCGAGUAAAGUGGCUGCCCUUUGUUACAUUGGGGAACCCGUUAGUCAACCACUUGAGAGUCAUUUAAUUUCUGUGACCGACUUAGUGGGGAAUGUAGAUAUCAACGAAAUCGAGUCCAAGGGAGUACCAGUGUCGACUACUAUAGGAUCCUUGAAACGUGAGGCUAACAAUGAUGCAUCUAAAAAAACAAGAAAGCGCAAGAAGCCAACCCCAAAGAAUUUCAAUCCAAAUACAGUUGCAGAUCCCCAACGCUGGCUUCCUAAACGGGACCGCACUAAUGUUAAAGUAAAAAAGAAAACCAGAAAUACGCAAGGAAUUGCAACCUAAAAAUGAGUUAUGUUAUGAAUAUAUGUAGUUAAUUUCUGAUUUCCUUACUCUUGCUGCCGAUGGAGAAAUCAGUAUACAUAUUGUUUCAAAAAAAUUAAAGACUUCGCUACAUAAACUAACGUAUGAAAGAUAUUGGUGUUUUG